CCUCAGAGCCAUCAUCACACUCGCACCCCGAAACGCCCCACUAAAACCCCACUUACGCGCGCAGCACAAAGCCGAACAAACUAAGCACGCGCCACGCACCUCACUCUCACUGCACACUAGCUAGCCCGUGGCCGCGCCACUCGCCGUGCGACACAGCGCGCAGCAAUGUGGCAGGCGCGCGGCGUGCUGCUCGUGGCGGUGGCCGUCGCCUCCGUCGUUCCCGACGGAGCGGGGGCAAUGGCGGCCGGGCGGUGCACGACGUCGACGCCCGUGAAGGCGUACGACAAGUGCAUCGCCCUGCCGACGCAGGGCGCGACGCUGGCGUGGACCUACGACGCGCGGAACGCGACGCUGGACGCCGCGUUCACGGGCUCCUUCAUCUCGCCGUCGGGGUGGGUGGCCUGGGGCGUCAACGCGGACGCGCCGGCCAUGACCGGGGCGCGCGUGCUCGCCGCCUUCUCCGACCCGUCCACGGGCGCGCUCCUCGCGCUCCCGUUCGUCCUCUCCCCGGACGUCAAGAUCCAGGCGUCGCCGCUCGUGUCGCGGCCGCUGGACAUCCCGCUCCUCGCGUCCUCGGCGUCGCUCCUCGCCCCCGCGCGCACCGUCCGCGACGGCGCCAGGGUGACCAUCGCCGCCACCAUCCGCCUGUCCCCGAACCGCACCAGGAUCCACUUCGUGUGGAACCGGGGGCUCUACGUGCAGGGCUACUCCCCGACCAUCCACCCCACCGACGCCUCCGACCUCGCGUCGCACGCCACCGUGGACAUCCUCACCACCGCCACUGAGGCCUCGCCCAUCGCCUCGACCGCGCUGCAGUGGCUGCACGGCUCCCUGAACGCGCUCUCCUGGGGCCUCCUCCUCCCGGUCGGCGCGGCGGUGGCGCGGUACCUGCGGCCGUGCGCGUCCACGGGGCCCGCGUGGUUCUACGCGCACGCGGCAAUCCAGGCGACGGGGUACACCAUGGGCGCCGCCGGGUUCGCGCUGGGGCUGGUGAUGGGGGCCGCGUCGCCGGGCGUGACGUACAGGCUGCACCGCGGGCUGGGCAUCGCGGCGGCGACGGCGGGGAGCCUGCAGACGCUGGCCGUGUUCUUCCGGCCCAAGACCACGAACCGGUACCGCAAGUACUGGAAGUCGUACCACCACCUGGUGGGGUACGGGUGCGUGGUGGUCGGGGUGGUGAACGUGUUCCAGGGCUUCGAGGUCAUGGGGCUCGGCGCCUCCUACUGGAAGCUCGGCUACUGCCUGGCGCUCGCCACGCUGAUCGGCGCCUGCGUGGCGCUGGAGGUGAACGCGUGGGUGGUCUUCUGCCGCAGGCAGCAGGAGGAGAAGCUCACGAGGAGGGAGGUGGAGGACGUCGUCGUCAAGGACAGGGCAGCUGCGUUCUAGUGAUCGCCGCUUGGGCUGCCUCCGCUGGCGGGAGAAGCUGGCAACUGUGGCUGACGGGAAGCCGGGGCCGGCGAGAGCGACGCCUCGAGGAUGCAGGCACGGCCACAGUGCGUGCAUUCACUGGCAAGACAAAUGGCGAGCCGUGCUCUGUUUUGUCGCAUGAUACGAAUUUCUUUGCCUGUCCUCUCUCUCUCUCUCUCUCUCUCUAUAUAUAUAUAUAUAUACAGUAGAAAUUCAUGUAUAAGUUACACAUUUGACUUGCAAUUACCCAACGAAA